AUGAAGACGCUGGCCGUGUUUCUACUCAUCUGUGCUGUGACGGCUCUGACUAACGCCGCUGCUGUUCCUGGAGCAGAGCCUGAUAUGGAGGCAGGAGAACCAUCUGUUCAAGAGGCUGUUCCAGUGGCAGAACCUGAGAAAAAGAUGGAGGAACCAGCCGCUGAAGAAGCUGUUCCAGGAACAAAACCUGAGGAAAUGAUGGAGGAACCACUGGUUGUAGCUUUUCCAGAAGCAGGGCCUGAGGAAAUGGCUGAGGAACUAUUUGUUGAAGAACCGUUCGUUGAAGAAGAUUUGUUUCCAGAUGACAGCGUCCCCUUCCAGAGAUCAAAUCAUUGUCCCGGUGGUUGGAGUCUUUACAACAAUCGCUGUUUCCUCUAUGUUCAUGCAACAAUGACUUGGGCCUACGCUGAGAGGAACUGCCAGGCUCGAGGCGGACACCUCGCCUCAGUGCACAGCUUUAGUGAGUAUCGGUUCAUUCAGGGGAUGAUAUACAGCAGAACUAACGGGUAUCCACACACAUGGCUUGGAGGCUCGGACGCACAACACGAGGGAGUUUGGCUGUGGAGUGAUGGAUCACGUUUCUCCAACAUCAACUGGUGUCCUGGAGAGCCAAACAACCACUGGUGGCAGCAUUGUCUACAGAUGAACUACGGAGGUCAAAGGUGCUGGGACGACCUCUGGUGUCAUGACCAUCGCCCAUUCGUCUGUGCCAGAAAUCUUUGA